AUGUCAUCCGUGCAUGAAGUUGAUCGACUCAACCAGCUGAGGGACAUCUUCUCGCGCUUCGACAUGGAUUCCGAUGGCAGCCUGACCCAACUCGAGCUCGCGGCGCUCUUACGCUCUAUCGGACUCAAGCCCUCAGGUGACCAAAUCCAUGCUUUAUUAUCCAACAUAGACUCGAACAACAACGGGGCAGUGGAAUUCGAUGAAUUGGUCAAUGCCAUCACGCCUGACAUUAACCAGGACAUACUAAUAAACCAAGAACAGCUUCUGGAGGUUUUUCGAUCCUUUGACCGCGACGGCAAUGGCUACAUAACGUUGGCCGAGCUGGCCGGUUCAAUGGCCAAGAUGGGGCAGCCGUUAACGUAUCGCGAACUCACGGAAAUGAUACAAGAGGCUGAUAUAGAUGGUGAUGGUGUCAUUAGCUUUCAAGAAUUCGCAUCUGUCAUGGCCAAAUCGGCCGCGGAUGUUCUUGGCCUUCCAUUGUCGUAGCCAGAGAUCGUUGUGUUAUGUUCAUCAUCUUAAUUCAUUGUGUGUUAUCAUAAUCUUUCCGGAAUAGUUUUUAGUUGGUUUAAAUUAUUGAUUUGGUAAUGUUGGCUUGUUUUUUACAUUUAUUGUGGGUAGGAGUUUCUUUGUUGCAACAGAAUUGAUGUAUAUUAUGAUAAGGAGUAAUACAAAAACAUGGAGGAUAUCGGUUCCUCUCUCAAGAGUAUUUUGUUUUUUUUGUUUUUUUGUUUGUUGACUAUUGUUAUUUAAUUUGGGUUAGAUUAGAUCAAACUUGUAUUAUUUUUAAGUCAAUAAUGAUAAAUUCAAUUGAUUUAUGUGAAUGGAAUGACAUCAUUAAUAUCUUUUCCUUACUCAUAUAACCCUUAUCAAUUAUAGUCUUUUAAUUUUGUAUUGCUAUAUGAGUAUUGUAAUAACCUAGUCAUUUUUCUUCCUUUCCUUUUCUCAAUUUUUUUUGAAUAUUUUAUUUUUUCCGUUGAUCUUUUCCUUUCUGAGUUCGGUUUCUCGUCACACGGUGUCAUCUUGAGUGCUCUAGAAUGAUUUCCGAGACUCUUUUCUUUGGAUUGACAACUUCCUUUGAGAACCGCGUCAUUUUCACAUUUUUAUUUUUCGAAUACUAUUCACUUUUCGUUCUUUUCCCUAUUUAGUCUUGUCCUCGUUUGUCACUUUGUUGGCAUAACCUCACUUCUUCUGUUCGGAAUUGGUUUUUG